AUGUUCAUCCAUGGCACGAAGGACACGGUGACCCCAUCCAGAAUCAGUGAACUUGCUCAGGACGAAUUAUCGCGUCUCGGGGCCGAGAGUCGUAUUAUUCUGGUCAAAGGUGUUAACCACAUGUUUGAUAUGUUCUUCACGGACCCAGAGGAUGAGAGUUAUAGGGACUAUGUUCUUCGAGGCCAUGGGGCUGUGUAA